UGCGGGUGUGGCCCUAAAAAGACAAAAAAAAAAAAACUGGGGGUGAAUCCAAGACUUCUUUUUCUGCCUGUUUGGAGUUCUAGGUCAGUUGCUGCAGCUCCACUCGUUGGAAAGCUGACUUGCUUUUUCUGUGGGUCAAACAGCAGCUGGGCAUAUUUGUGUGGGUAUAAGUUCAGGUUCUCUGUUCUGUUCCGCUGGCAUCUGUGUCUGUCCCUCCACCAAUGCCACACAGCCGUGAUUGUUAACUAUAUCAUAGGUCUUAAAACCAGAUAGACCCCUUUCAUACUCCUUUUCAAGACGGGUUUAGCUCUCCUAGUUCCUUUUCCUUUUCAUAGGAAUGCUAGAAUAAUCUUGCCUGUUUGUACAAAAGAAAAAAUCUUGCUGGAGUUGGUAGGACUUGUGCUGAACCUGUAUAUUAAUUUGGGGAGAAGUGACAUCUUUACUAUCUUGGGUCCUUCCAGCCAUAAAAGUUGCAGGGUUCACCAUCUACAUCUUUCUAAAUUUCUUUCACCAGUGUUUUGUGUUCUCAGCACACAGCUUUUGUCUGUUUUGUUGUGUUUACACGUAAGCUGCUUGAGGUUUUUUCAAUGUCUGUAAAUGGUGCUGUGAUUUUAAUUCCCAUGUCUGCACGGCCACUGCUUGUAUAUAUAAGUACAAUAGAUUUUAUGUAUUUAUCUUGUAUCCCUUGACCUUGCUGAACACACUUAUUAGUUCUAGGAGGGUUUUUGGUAGAUUCCUUGGAAUUUCCUAAGAAGACAGUCAUGUCGUGGGCAACCAGGGACCGUUGUAUUUCUCCUUUCUGAUCUGCAUAUCUUUCAUUUCCUUUUCUUGCCUUAUUGCAUUGUCUAGAACUUCCAGCUCUAUAUUUAAUGAGUGUGAACAAGAGCAGACAUCUUUGCCUGGUCACAGUCUGGGCAAGAAGCCUUCAGUCUUUUGCCUUUAAAGAUACUAUUAGCUGUAGGGUUUUUGUAGAUGUCCUUUGUCAACUAAAGAGGUUCCCUUCUCUUUCUGUUUUUCUGAGGUUUUAUCAUGAACAGAUGUUAUUUUUUUCAAAUGCUUUUUAUGAAUUCAUUGAUAGGAUCUUGUGAUUUCUUUAGAUUACAUUCAUUGAUUUCAAAUAUUGAACCAAACUUGCAUCCCUGGAACAAACCCCACUUGACCUUGAUGUAUAAGUAUUUUUAUAUUUUCCUGAAUUCUAAUUGCUGAUAAUUUUGUUGUGGAUCUUUACAUCUACGUUAAUGAAGGAUAUUGGUUUGUAAGUUUCUUUUUUGUUGUCUUUGUUGGAUUUGGUGUCAGAUUAAUACUAGCUUCAUAACAUGAAUCGGAACAUGUGCCCUCCUAUUUUCUAGAAGACGUUGUUCAAAAUUGUACUAAUUCUUCUUUACGUGACUGGUAUAAUUCUCCAGUGAAAUUAUUUGCACCUGGAAAUUUCUUUGGGGGAGCUUCUAAGUUAGAAAUUCAACUUCUUUAAUAGUUGUAUAGACGGUUUAAAUUACCUGCUUCUUAUUGGAUGAGUGGUAUAGGUAGUUCAUGCUUCUCUAGGAAUUGGUCCAUUUUCAUCUAAGAUGUCAAGGGUACAUGUUUAGAGGUGUUUGUAGUCUUCCUUCAAUGUGCUUUUGAUGUCUACAGAGUCUGCAGUGACAUCCCCCUUUCAUUCCAAAUAUUGCUGAUCUGUGUCUUCUCUCUGUAUUUCUCUGUCCAUCUUGCCAGAGGUUCGCCAAUUCAUUGAUAUUUUUAAAUAACCCGCUCUUAGUUUCAUUGAUUUUCUGCCUCGUUUUCUAUGUCAUUAACUUCUCUUUUUAUUCUUUCCUUGCUUCUGCUAUUGUUGUGGGUGUAUUUUGCUCUUCUCUUUCCAGGUUCUUAGAUGACAGAAUUGAGAUUUUUCCUCUCUGCUAAUGCAGACAGGCAGUGCUAUAACCCGUCCUCUCAGCACUGUUAGCUGUGUCCCACAGCUGAAUUUUCACGGGUUGUAUUUUCAUUUUCAUUCAGCUCGCUGUCUAUUUUUAUAUCCCUUGAGACUUCCUCUUUGACCCACUUAUUUCUUAGACGGGUGUUGUUUCGUUUCAAAGUGUUUGGAGAUUUUCCUGCUAUCUUUCUGUUGAGGUCUAGUUGGAUUCUUUUAAAAGUCCAAGACCUUCCUCUGCAGGGCUGCAGUUCUUUCGUAUUUGCUGCAGUUUCGCGCGUGUGGACCCGCACAGGGACUGUUGCGGUGUGUGUGCUUUGUAGGCAUCUGAAAAGAAUGCGUGUUCUGCCCUUGUUAAAUGGCGCGAUCUAUAAAUAUUGAUUGUGGAUGGAUUUCUAAAUUUGUCUCAAGACUUUGAGACAGAUCAUGCACUCGCGAAGCUUAUGUGGUACAUGAUGUUUGCCAAAGGUUUCAGACCGAGUGAUCUAAACUCCUGCUGAAUUCGCCCAGGAGCCUGUGAAAGCCUCUCGCGGGUGACUCUUAUCAGCGGAGCCACCGUUUUUCUUCCUUGGCUGGUGAGGACCCUGCUGAAGCAUAGGGCUCAGAAGCCCCGGCCGACAUCCUUCCUCUUGUAGUUCUGAGAGCUGCACCAAGACCUCGUCUUUCUUCUCAUCAAACCAUAGAACGCUAGAGCGGGAGGAGACCUCGGGUCAUCUGGUCCACCCUUCCAUGUGACAGGUGAAGGAUGAGGUCCAAGAGAUUCGGUCUGAUGGUCUUUUUUAAUAUUUUUAGAGAAUUAGCAUAUUUUUAUUCUAGAGAUGUAUUGGAUGUAGAGAAACAAAAACGGGGGGUGGGGGUGGGGGAGUGUGUAUGUAACUUUGCAACCGACAAGCAUCUACUCGUACGAUUUUCCACCAUCUCCUUCCAGCGUUUUUGUUUUGUUUUGUUUUGUUUUGUCUUUUUGCCAUUUCUUGGGCCGCUCCCGCGGCAUAUGGAGGUUCCCAGGCUAGGGGUUGAAUCGGAACUGUAGCCACCGGCCUAUACCAGAGCCACAGCAACUCAGGAUCCAAGCCGCGUCUGCAACCUACACCACAGCUCACGGCAACGCUGGAUCGUUAACCCACUGAGCAAGGACAGGGACCGAACCCGCAACCUCAUGGUUCCUAGUCGGAUUCGUUAACCACUGCGCCACGACGGGAACUCCCUUCCAGCGUUUUUAAAAACGGGAUCUCACUGUAUGGUCAUCUUUUUUUUUUUUUUUUUUUUACUUGAACAGUAGACAUGAACGUUACCCAAGGCGUUGUUCCUACUAGUAGAAUGUUCCCGCCGUACAGAUCCACCAUCGUUUGUCCAGAGCAGGUGGUGUCCACUUGAUGGACCUCAAGGCUGUUACCAGUCUCACCGAGUUAAACACCCCUGCCAUGAACAUCUUCUGUGACCCACACGAUUCUUUUCUAGACACGGAGACAACGCUCCGUCAAAGCCGAGGGGCCUUUUUAGCUGGCGCCCCAGGUGCCAACUGGAUUAUUACAGUUUUUUGGUUUGUUUGGACAGGCCUGGUUUUGAUUUGCGCUGGUUUUCAUGAAGGGUCAGGCAUAGAGUAACAGGGCCGUUUGCAUGAAUUCAGGAGGAAGUCUCAGUUUUUAGGGCAUGAGCCACUAGCCACCUGGAGCCAAAAAGGGACCUCUCCCCUCCUGAGAGCAGAGAGGGGCAGGAACGGAGCUGUGCGAGGCUGGGAGUCUCCCUAGCAGGCGGCCUGCAUUGGACCCGGUCAGGAAGCAGGACAAUGGGCAGGUCAUAUUCAGCCUGGGACCUGAACCUUGUAAAACCAGGCACCCAGCCCGGUUUUAUGCGCCAGGCAACAAAGGGACACGCUUGCUCACCCUGGCCUGCUUCCUCUCUCUGUGACCUGCCGUGAGAACACUGUGUCUUGCCCUUAAAAUAUGCCUGGAACUGGCUUUGUCAUAGUAAUUGCCCCCAUAAAAUGGACCGGGGCACUUAGUGAAAACUGAGACAGUAUUUAGAGACCCAGUCCUGCCUGCUUGGUACGGCUGGUGCUGACGGCGGGAGGACCACGGCCCAGGCCACUCUGCGGAGAACCUGCCGAGAGCAGCCCAGCAGGGAAACAGCAUCUGAAGAUGGACAGGAAACCCCGGGCCCAGGAGAGGCCCUGCCACUGGCCAGGUAGCCGGAGCGUCCCCCCAGAGAAAGAAGAACUGAUCCAGAGCGUGCUGACCCAGGCUGCAGAACAGCUCUCAAGGGCAUUUAAAAUCAACGAACUGAAAGCGGAAGUUGCAAACCACUUGGCCGUACUAGAGAAGCGAGUUGAAUUGGAAGGACUGAAGGUGGUGGAGAUUGAGAAAUGCAAGAGUGACAUUAAAAAGAUGAGAGAGGAGCUGGCAGCCAGAAGCAACAGGACCAGCUGUCCCUGUAAGUACAGCUUUUUGGACAAUAACAAGAAGUUGACGCCUCGACGCGAUGUCCCCACGUAUCCCAAGUACCUGCUGUCCCCCGAGACCAUAGACGCCCUGCGGAAGCCCACCUUCGACGUCUGGCUCUGGGAGCCCAACGAGAUGCUGAGCUGCUUGGAGCACAUGUACCAGGACCUGGGCCUGGUCAGGGACUUCAGCAUCAACCGCAUCACGCUCAAGAGGUGGCUGCUCUGCGUGCACGACAACUACCGGAACAACCCCUUCCACAACUUCCGCCACUGCUUCUGCGUCGCUCAGAUGAUGUACAGCAUGAUCUGGCUCUGCGGGCUGCAGGAGAAGUUUUCCCAAAUCGACAUCUUGAUCCUGAUGACGGCGGCCAUCUGCCACGACCUGGAUCACCCCGGCUACAACAACACGUACCAGAUCAACGCCCGCACGGAGCUGGCUGUCCGCUACAAUGAUAUCUCGCCCCUGGAGAACCACCACUGCGCCGUGGCCUUUCAGAUCCUGGCCCAGCCCGACUGCAACAUCUUCGCCAACGUGUCUCGGGACAGCUUCAGGCAGAUCAGACAGGGCAUGAUCACGUUGAUCUUGGCCACGGACAUGGCGAGGCACGCAGAGAUCAUGGACUCUUUCAAAGAAAAGAUGGAGGACUUCGACUACAGCAACGAGGAGCAUCUCACGCUGCUGAAGAUGAUUCUGAUAAAAUGCUGCGAUAUCUCCAACGAGGUCCGGCCGACGGAGGUCGCGGAGCCCUGGGUGGACUGUUUGCUGGAGGAGUAUUUCAUGCAGAGCGACCGCGAGAAGUCGGAGGGCCUUCCCGUGGCCCCUUUCAUGGACCGGGACAAAGUGACCAAAGCCACGGCCCAGAUCGGGUUCAUCAAGUUCGUCCUGAUCCCGAUGUUUGAGAUGGUGACCAAGCUGUUCCCUGUGGUCCAGGAGCUGAUGCUGCAGCCCCUGUGGGAGUCCAGAGACCGCUACGAGGAGCUGAAGCAAAUGGACGACGCCUUGCAGGAGCAGAAAGCUGAGAGCCUGACCUCGGGGGGCACCAAGUCCAGAGAGAAGAGCAUAGACGUGAAGGGCGCCGAAGACUGCGCCUGAAGGGAGCGGAGCUGCGGGCUGCUGUCCCGGACCCGGCCGGCUGAGCUUCGGAUCCCGCCUGCACGGGAAAGUGGUUCUGAGCACCCACGCCAUGAGCGCACGUUUUCUAAGAGCCGUUUUAUUCCCUGAUACAAACAAAAGGACUUCCCAAUGCUGUACAGAAUUUUUAUUUUUAAACCGUCUUUUAAAUAAUAUAUUCUUAUAC